GGACGUCGCCGACCGUGAACCGAGCUACAUUUUAUCAGUUAUCCGGAGCCAACGGCACGCUACGCCGUCUCGAUGCGCGCUCCGCCAACAUGAACCUCUAGCUCGACAGUGUCUCACUGAAAGCAACAUAGAUCUCAAAAAAGACUUAUUAUUUUUAAUAUUUUUUUUUAAUUUUAAAUAUUGUUUAAGUGACGGUUCUGUGAGGUGGUUAAGUUUAAGUGAUUUAAUUAAAAAACAAUUUCUGUGGAUUUUUCUCAUCUGAAUCUGGAUUUAUUUCGACGUGCAAAUCACCUGGAUUAUUAUGCUGUUUUCGGUACACAUAAUUAUAAUAAACAAAAAGAAAAUCCUGAAAUAAGGAGUUAUUUACCUUCAAAAUGAGACUGUCAACAAGCGAAGAUGUUCCGAGCACGACUGUGGUCGGCCGCACGGGUAGCCCCGGCAGCACAAAUGCUGCAUCGGCGGCAGCAGUGGUCGGAACCGGCGCUUACGAUGUGACGAGGAUGAGGGAGGAGGAGUUUGAGCGGCUCACUGUAUACAUAGUGCCUGACGUGCCGUGUGAGAGAGGGACGCCCAACAGAGCAGAGAAAACCUUACCCAGAAGCCUCGCAUUAAGACCCUCCGUAGUGCUAUCAACGCCUAAUACACCGACUGAAGGAGUAUGGAGUACGGGCGUUAUUCCCCGCGGCACUCGCUUCGGCCCGUUUGAAGGCACAAGAACGCCUAACAAACCCAACGACAAAGUUUCCUGGCGGUACUAUUGGAGGGUACAGGAAACUGUCAGACAUCAUACUUAUGGAAAUAUUAAGAUAUUUAAAGAUAGUGAUUACUAUUACCUGGACGGAUCGGACACGAGUGUUGCGAACUGGAUGCGUUACGUGGCCUCUGCCUACUCCCUCUCUGUUAUGAACCUCGUGGCUUGCCAGCAUCAAGAGCACAUAUACUUCUAUACAAUCAGAGAUAUUAUGCCAAAUGAAGAAUUAAUGGUUUGGUACUGCAAAGACUUUGCGACAAGGCUAGGAUAUGAUAUCGAUCCUGAAAGAGCAACUUACUCAAUUUGUAAAGAGGAAACUAUCAAAAAAGCAUAUGGCAUACCCCCGGCUCCAGUUCAUCCGGAGAUUGCAUUUAACCACAUGAAGUACGUGCUCGGCUUAACGAACCCUAAAGAACUUCUAGAAGCUGAUAUUCCCACCCGAAGAAUAAAACGUGAAUCUAUUGAAAAGGCACACAUCGACAAUUAUACACCACGUGAAGAUCCUCGAAUAACAAAUAAGAACGAAAGGACAAUUAUAAGAACCGAUGUAUCGGGUAACAUUAUGCAUCACAAAUCAAUAAGUGAUAACCAAAUGGCCAGUGAACAUAGAACGUUAUCGCCGAAUGGUCUUAUGCAGCCUCCGUCACCAGUCAAAAUGCACCAUAGAGACAAUCAGACUUUAAUCAUUCAUCAACACAAAGAAAGUACAUCGCAUGUAGUAAUACAUCAACUUGAUAAUCCUAGAUUACAUGGCAACAGGUCACCAGGUCAAAACAUACAUAUGAGAGAUAUGCGAGGACCUUCUCCGAUGUUACAACAUCACCAGGACAAACUAGGAAGUAAGUCACCCGGCUUAACUCACUGCAGCGCUCAACACUAUGAACAUCAACUGACGCCAAAUGACGGUUCAGUAAGAUCAGAUGAAGGCUACCACAGCAAUGGUUAUCAUGACGAAUUUACACCACCCGAGGAUUCCAGCGAUUCAGACGUAGAUUCCAACUAUGUUCUUGAUUGCUCGAAUAAAACAAAUGAACCAAAAGAAACUGUCAUAGUGCAAAAAAUGGAUCAAGAUAUGCACCGAAAUGAAUACAGAAAAGUUAAAAUAAAAAUGCCAAGAGCAUACCAAUACCAGCAUCACAAAGACAUGGACUGCGACAGUGAGAAAGAACUGAUUAUUGCGGAAGACGUGGCUAACAUCUCGCCACAAAACUUAUCUCCGCCGAGGCGUGACCCAGCCACUUCUACUGUAAUAGUCUUAGAAUCGUCACAAAACACAGUUGUUCCUAUCAAUAAGCCUUAUUAUGAAGACGGUACAAUAUCUCCAACACCACAACCGGCCUUCAUGAGAUACUCUCCGCCUGAUACACGGAUAUUAGAAACCAUUUUAACUGGAAGUAGAAUGGAUACAAAUAACAAUGAUCCCAAUCGCCGUCAACCUAACGCGACGCCACCACCAUCGUCUCCUACUGAAAUGGCAUAUUCAUACAAAAAGAGUCAAAGGUACGGAAACGCCUGCAGCCCAGAUUCUAGUUCCAAUUUAACACCCUUGCCAUCACUGCUGCCUUUACCACAACAAUUACCGGCGCCCAACGCUACCUCCGUCUACUCAUCAUCGCCGCCGCACGCUAUCCCACAUACGACAGAAAUUAGAGAAAUACGAGAAAUACGCGAAAUAAGAGAGACAAGAUAUGAAAGCCACUACCCAAAUUACUCAUACAGCUUAUACUCACCACCCAAUUCUACUAUUAUCACGCAACUUGGAUCACCGCCUAGCACUUAUUCACCGACCGUGUCAUCCACUCACCAAUAUGAAAGGUCACAAAGCGCUCAAAGCAACCAUCACUAUCCUUCGUCGACUAGCGUUAUCACACUUAAAAACUGCUCACAGUUGAGUUUAAUACAAAACUCAAACGUCAAUGGUCAACUGGUACCACAACACGGUAGCAUGAGUCCAGAUGGCACUUGCAGCCUUAUGGUCGCCCCGAUGAGUCCAAACUCACAGUCCUCUCGCGGAUACAGAAGUCUUCCUUAUCCAUUAAAGAAAAAAGACGGAAAAAUGCAUUACGAAUGUAACGUUUGUUGUAAAACAUUCGGUCAACUCUCGAAUUUGAAAGUGCAUUUGAGGACACACUCCGGAGAACGGCCUUUCAAAUGUAACGUGUGCAAUAAGUCCUUCACGCAGCUUGCGCACUUACAGAAACACCAUCUCGUGCACACUGGAGAAAAACCUCACCAGUGUGACAUUUGCAAGAAGAGAUUUUCAUCCACUUCAAAUCUGAAGACACAUUUAAGACUGCACUCAGGCCAAAAACCAUACGCCUGUGAUCUGUGUAUGCAAAAGUUCACUCAAUUCGUCCAUUUGAAACUCCAUAAGCGACUGCACACGAAUGACAGACCUUAUGUGUGCCAGGGGUGCGACAAGAAGUAUAUAAGUGCAUCCGGACUAAGAACACAUUGGAAAACCACUAGCUGUAAACCUAAUAACAUCGAAGAAGUUUUAGCAAUCACCAAUGCUGCGAACACUGAAUGCAUGGGUUCUAUGGACAAAGACUGCCACGAUAGAGAGGGGCACGAAGCGUAUGAAGUGCAUUCGGCGUCGCAGGCGGGUCUCUCAGGAGUGGGUGCGCGACUGCUGGCCGGCGAGGGCGUGCUAGGUGGGCACGCGCACUCCACCACGCCGCACCUCGCGCCGGGCCCGCUGUCGCCGCCGCACACGCAGCACUCGCAGCACUCGCAACACGCCCAGCACUCGCAACAUGCCCAACCAUACCGUAAGAUGCAUGGGCAGGCGCAAGAGCACGAUCCGGCACCGCAGCAUUAUUCCUCGACGGGCGAGACGCGCCCCAGCGUCAUAGAGUCGAGCCAGCCACUCAUCAUUGAGUGCACUUGAGCGCAACUCCGGCCCUAUCGGACGUGAGAUUACCCGCCGCAACAUGUGAUUCCAGUCUUGUGAUCCAACGAAAGUAUUUUUUUAAAUAGACAAUCGUGCGAGUGACAUUCGACUCGUCUCAUUCAGUGGCUAUGAGAUUAUGAUAUGAACUUUAAUUUGUACAUUUUUGUAAACUAUAGAUAUAAGUAGUCGCGACGUCAUUAAGUACUAAGUACUUACCUUAACUUCUUAUUACAUAAGUAUUUCCUUAGGCUUUGAAGUACUUAAGUUAGGUUUUCGCUGCCUUUACGUUAAUGCUCAAUUUUUAUGUCUUAGUAGAGUUCUAUUGUAUAUAAAAUUUAUUUCUCAUCGUAUUAUUUAAUUUAAAUAUAUAUUUUGUAUAUAAUAACCGAAGUUUGCA